AUGGCAGCCCCAUCUUCAGCUUCUUCUCUGGGAUCCUCACCCUUUUUUCUCGGCCAAAAGCUCCCUUCCAACAACACUACCUUUUCUACUCCUGCUCCGUCUUGUGUCAAAUUCCGGUCAUCUCCCGUCGCCGCUGCCACCUACACCUCUGGAGAGAAUACCAGGUCACCUCAUCUCUAUUCUUCCAAUAUGGCUUCGCCGGCGUCGCUUUAUGAGGUGCUAGGUAUACCAAAGGGAGCUACCUGUCAGGAGAUCAAGUCGGCGUAUCGGCGGUUGGCACGUGUUUGUCAUCCCGACGCAGUGGCGACAGACCAGAAAGAUACAUCCGCCAAUGAAUUCAUGAAGAUCCACGCCGCCUAUUCUACGCUCGCCGAUCCUCAGAAGCGCGCUGAUUACGACCGAGACCUCUUCAGCAGCCGGCAACGUCUUCUUUAUAGAUCUCCGUCUUCCGCCUCUGCCUACGCGGCAUACGCAGCAUCUUCCAUGUCUGGAUUUUCUGGCUCUACUCGCCGGAAUUGGGAGACAGAUCAGUGCUGGUAGACAAAUGUCUCGGUUACCCCCUUUG